UUCCUACCAUCAAGCUCAUCUUAAUUAGUCCUUACUCUUACCACACCGCCACUACACAUCAAGAUGUUGGAAGCUCGCCUCGAACAAGCUAGUCUUCUCAAGCGCGUUGUCGACGCGAUCAAGGAUCUCGUGCAGGACUGCAACUUCGAUUGCAAUGACUCGGGAAUCUCUCUACAGGCCAUGGAUAACUCCCAUGUUGCCCUCGUUUCCAUGUUGCUCAAGGCUGAAGGAUUUUCUCCCUACCGCUGCGACCGUAACAUUGCCCUCGGUAUCAACCUGGUUUCCCUGACCAAGGUCCUGCGGGCUGCUCAGAACGAAGAUAUUCUUACCCUCAAGGCCGAGGAUUCUCCCGAUGCCGUCAACCUGAUGUUCGAGAGUGCCGAGACCGACAGACUGAGCGAGUACGAUAUCAAGUUGAUGGACAUCGAUCAAGAACACCUGGCCAUUCCCGAGACAGAGUACGCUGCUACGGUUGAGAUGCCGGCAGCCGAAUUCCAGCGCAUCUGCAGAGACCUGAUGGCUCUUUCUGAGUCCGUCGUUAUCGAGGCCACGAAGGAGGGUGUCAAGUUCUCCUGCCAGGGUGACAUUGGUAGCGGCUCUGUCACUGUCCGUCAACACAGCAAUGUCGACAAGCCUGAGCAGAGCGUCUCCAUUGCUCUCAGUGAGCCCGUCGCCCUCACUUUCUCUCUCAAGUAUCUCGUCAACUUCUGCAAGGCUACCAACUUGUCCAACAAGGUGACUCUGUGCUUGUCGCAGGAGGUACCCCUCCUCGUCGAGUAUGGUCUGGGAAGCGGCCAUCUCAGAUUUUACCUUGCUCCUAAGAUUGGUGACGAGGAGUAGACUAAUGAUUGCGAAGAGCAACGAAUGCCAUCAUGAUAAAAGAGGGAGCAACAGGGAGGCCACGAUUUCCAUUUCUAUUUUGUUUCCAUUGACACACCGCACCACCAGAAAAUAUCCCUUGAUUGUGUGCACGGGGGUCAAGGUUCACUUCGAUUAUAAUAUCCUGUUAGAUAUCAAGCGUUUCAAUUGUUCAAAAUUCAAUUGGUUUAUAAGGG